CUUUCACUGAGAGGAUAACGAGAAGAAAAGGCGGCUCGUCAUCCCGCCGCGUGACUGACGCGCGCUCAUUGUGUUGGCGUUGAGGAUGGCAUGGCAUCGGCGGAAAUAGCAGGUAACGGGCCGGAGCCGCCCGGUCUUCCGCCGGCGUUUCCGUACGACGAGUUCGAGUGUAAAAUCUGCUACAACUAUUUCGACCUCGACCGUCGGGCGCCCAAAAUCUUGGAGUGCCUGCAUACCUUCUGCGAGGAGUGCCUGCACGCGCUGCACUUGCGAGAAGAGCGACCGUUGCGCAUCAGCUGCCCCGUGUGCCGCCACCGGACGCCCGUGCCGGACUUUCGGAUACAGAACCUGCCCAACAACACCAAGGCCACGGAGGACUUUCCUCUUUAUAUAGACUCGGAUCCUUUGCCUCAAGAUGCGCUGCCGCCCCAUACGCCGCCGCUGCACCCCGCGCUCGUGGCGCUCAGGCGCGAGACGGACGCGUCCAGUGCGUCCGCCGCGGGUCACGCGACACCGUCCACCACGACGCUGUCCACCGCGACCACGCUGUCCCAGGAAUCGGUCUCGCGCUACGAUAGCUGCCACGACUGCAGGCGGCUCGCGCUGACCGCCGGAUGCGUGUUUGUCAUCUUCUCGUUCCUGUCCAUGCUCGUGCUGCUCUUCGUGGGACUCAUAUUCGUGCACAGCCACGGCGGGCCGCCCUCGCCCGCGGGACCCCUCUGCCUGUCAUUGGCGAGCAUCCUCGCCAUGGUCUCCGUGGCGGUUACGUGGCUUCUCUGCUGGCUCAAAUACAGCUCGGAGCACGAGACGGGCCGCUCCUCGGCCACUAAUAAUGCGAGCAGGAGAAACGCGUGACAGAUUAUUAUUAUUAUUAUUAUUAGGCUAUUAUAAUAUGUCCAAAACCAAUAUGCAGAUAGCAGGGUGUCAAUUUUAAUGCAAUUAGGCGUUAUAAAAUGGGGUCCUAGAGAGAUAAAGUCGGAAAAAAUUAUUGUAUUUAGCAUUCUUUUAUAAUUAAACACAAACGUUUUCAUACCAAAAAUAAUAUCAGCAUAAUAGUUUAAAGCUUCAGAAGUUCUUAAUAGAGAUUUCCCCCUUUAAAGACAUCAUGCACUUAA